CCCCCUUCCGUGGAUUUCUUUGGAUACCUCCUCCUCGCCAUCACGCACGCCACCACGGAUCCGUAUCCGGUCGCCGCUCCUCCUGGUUCUCCUGUCGCCGCCAACGGUACUCUGUCUGAUUCGGGCGCGCCCGAUGAAGAGGAGCCCUACACCAUCAAAUGUAUAUGCGCAUUUGACGAAGACGAUGGCAGUACGGUUUUUUGCGAAGGCUGCGAAACGUGGCAACAUAUCAUCUGUUAUUACCCUGACAAGCGGGUCCCUGACGUGCACAACUGCGUCGACUGCGAGCCAAGGGAAUUGGAUAACAGGCGCGCCACGGAACGCCAACGCCAAAGACGAAUGCGAGAACGAAGUGAGGACGGCGACCGGAGGAAACGCUCCAGUGCGAAGGCUGUGAAAAAGAAAAAGGAAGGGGAUAUAAAUGGUUUUGGUCACCAACGAGCCGAGUCGGGCGCGCGUGAUCAACCCCCGGUGAAGAAGACCAAAACCUCUCAUCGCUCUUCCGCAUCAAUCAGCGCUAUUCCUGGCGUUCCCACUCUUCCUGCUGACUCUCGCAAAAGGCGCUCAUCUACCUCUUUCGCGCCGAGCCCUACCAAGCCGUCCGCCCCCCUCAUUCCCCUCUACUCCCCCGAAUUCCUUCAUCUUUAUGACCGAGACGAGAACUAUGUGGACAUGGACAGUAAUCUGUUCGUCAAAGUGAGCCUAGUGGGUGAUGCUGCUUCGUGGGUCAAAGAUCCUGAGGCAUUAGCACGCGUGACAAACGGGCGUAGGGCUGAAGGGAUUUUCAACCGAUCUGAUGCGGCCCUUGAUCGUUCUCAUUGGCCCACUCUUACCACAGAUACCAUCACGGACUCGAGUCUGGAACUUGGCGGUUUGCACCCGACAUGGAAAAUACUGAAGACUCAAGAUGCUGUACGCAAAGACGAUAUCGUGGGUGAAAUCAAUGGCAAGGUCGGCAUCUUCGACGACUAUUGUCUGGACCCAAGGAAUCGUUGGUCGGAGCUACGACACCCGGAGCCUUUCGUUUUCUUUAGCUCUCAUCUGCCGCUGUAUAUCGAUGCCCGCGGCGAAGGUAGCGUUCUCCGUUACAGUCGUCGGUCUUGCCGCCCCAACGUUACGAUGAAAAUUUACAUCACCAAUGACGUCGAGUAUCACUUCUGUUUCGUCGCCAAAGAGGACAUCGCUCCCGGUUCUGAGAUUACGAUUAUGUGGUAUCUUGAUGCUCAACUUUCGGAGUCAUCCAAUGGGCUCGUCAAGCAAGAAUCGGGUGACAGCGCUGCUGACGCUGCUGCUGCUUGCAUCAGCAACACGCUUGCAAACUUUGGAGGCUGUGCUUGUAAUAACCCCCCAGACGUUGCAAAGCAAUCGAAUGGAAAGCGCAAAAAGACCACCAAAUCAAAGCCCGGUGCAUCCCCACGAGAAUCUGGGCGUGCAUCAACCAGCCGAGCGGGGAGUGAGUCAUCGAAGCACCACGCGGAAGAAGAUCUGGCAGCCGACAGUCGAUCAACGUCUGGUUCAACGCGCGGUCGCCAAACUAGUCGCGACAUUAGCCCCGCUGCAUCGGUUGUGGCAUCAGAGCUUUCCACUCGCGAACGUCGCAAGAUUGCGGACGCGGAGAAACAAUUCCAACAAUUGGAGCAUGAUCAGCGGUCGACAACUUCGCGAAAAAAGAAGCGUGCGAGUGGCACUUCUGCACAAUCUCCAUCAAACGUCACAACCUCCACCCAGACGGCGCAGUUUCCGUCUCAGCGGGGAUCGGGGAAAUUGUCUCAGCUUGAUACAACAGCUGGCCAGUCAAGGUCCCCCAUAUCUGCCAUGUCCCCUGGCCAUAUCCCGGCAGGUCGCCAGGGCUCACCUCGCGUCCAACCUAUGUUGACGCUAUCACACAAACCGACCCUGAUGAAGAUGAAUCGAUUUCUGCCCUCUUCUCGCCCCCGGCCUAGUUUCGUUCCCUUGACUAUGCGACUUCUCAAACGGUUCAGCAUGGAUCGGAUGCGCUCAGAGGAUACUACUCGACGGCAGUUGUCUUCAGCAGGUUCCGAUAGCGUAGCUGGCGUGGACUUGUCAUCGCCUUUGGCUGGAUCGCCGCCAUCGGCCCAUACGAAUGCAGACAUCGCUAUGGCAGACGCCGAUGAUGCAAAGUCUACCCCACGCCCCUCAACAGCCACGGAUGUCGAAAUGGAAGAUUCCCCCAUUGCUGCCGACACCAGCACAGAACACAAACCAGGGGAUGCAAGCAAGCCACCUCUUUCCCCUCCAUGGCCAUCAACAGUUGCCCACAACACCCCUCUACCGGGAUCCACUACACCUACCAAUCGCGCUAAUCUGCGAGUUACAAUGCCCCCGCCGAGUAGUUUCCCGCUGCAAGCUGCGCAGGUAGUUAGCCCUGCGUCGACUGCUAGCAUUGCCUCUCCAUCCACUGUUGAUGCGGCUUCGCCUCAUCCUAUUCCAUCGGCUGUUGCCCCAACCCCGACUCCUACACGCAAGAAACUCAGUCUUGGUGACUAUCUGAGUCGCAAAGGUUCUCUCACUACCCCUACUUCAGAAAAGUCCCAAGCCCAGGCCACUACCAUGUCUCCAGCGGUCAAGUCACCAUCGACGCCUCUCUCUGCGGUCCCACCACCUAGCGCCGAUGAUUCGCCUGAAGUCAAGAGUGAUCAUGUUGGGCCCAGUGAUGUCGCUAUGACCGAUGCUCCUUCCGACUCGACUCAGCCACCGAUUCCUUCAAUUCCUUCUUGA